GUUCGAUCCUGCUAAAUUUGAGUUUGCCGCGCAACUCGAACUACCGAAAAACGGGUCAUACGUUGUAGAAUUUUGCAUUAUGAAAUUAAUGCAAUUAACAACUAUUCUUCAAAAGAUAAUCAUAAACUAAAGUAAUUAAAAACAAAUAAUGCUUAAUAGAUGUUAUUUAAUCAAUACUACUUCAUAUUGAAUGUUCGUAAAAUUUUACGACAUCAGUGACAGCGAACCAGUCUACAGUGUCGUAUGCUUCGAAUGUAAACAAACAAUGGUGUUUACAUCAUCGAAAAGGAAAAAACGAGAAAAGAACGUUGUUAGUGCAACCAAAGCUAGAUGGGUGAUUAAGAAACAAUCGGCCCAGAUAUCGGAAGAGCAUAAUUAUGCUAAUGCAGGUACAUGUAACGCUACAUCAUCCCUGUCUCUAAAUCUUCCGGACCUAAACAACAUCGUCGCAGACGAAGAAGUUGACGAUGUCAAUGCCGACACAGACGACAGUGAUGACUGUGAAUCAAAACAUUCAAGCAUGCCAUGGGACAGUGGAAGACGCGUCGUUGAGCUUGGGGUUCUUGCCAACGCGUUGGCGUCCUGCAAAAACUGCACAAACCCCCUCCAACUGUCACAUGCCACCUCAAUAAGAACGUACGGUCUUGCUGCCAUUUUAAAGGUCCCAUGUAGCAAUACAAACUGCAGGUUCGUAAACAAUGUUCCCACAGGGAAACAACAUGGAAAAACCCAUAUAUGGGAUGUAAACACUAAACUAGCUAACGGUAGGUUACAUUUUUAG